AUGAGCGAAAUACGUCAAAAGUACUGGGUGCCAUCACUGCGUCAACUAUUAAACAGCAUCCAGAGCCACUGUUCCGCCUGCAAACUUCGUCGAGCCAGGCCACGUCAACCCCAGAUGUCUGCCUUACCGAUGGAGAGGGUGACCCCAUACGUUCGAGCCUUCACAUACACAGGACUUGAUUAUUUUGGCCCAGUAAGUGUUGGAAUCCGCCGUCAACGUGAGAAAAGGUGGGUUGCUCUUUUUACCUGCUUUACAACCCGUGCCAUCCACCUGGAGAUUGCCACAGACCUAUCCAGCGAUGCUUGCCUGAUGUGUAUCCGCAACUUCAUUAAUAGAAGAGGUGUCCCUGUAUCCAUAAGAAGCGACAACGGGACCAAUUUUUUUGGCAUAGCAAAGGAAUUACAAGGUAUUGAUAUGUUUUUGGAUACUAAUAGUCUCUCUUCAGGUUUGACGGCACUGGGCAUCAAAUGGAUAUUCAACACUCCGUUGAAUCCAAGUGAAGGCGGCGUAUGGGAACGGCUUGUGCAGUCCGUGAAGAAGGCAUUGUACAUCAUGUUGAAAGAGCAGGCUCCAAAGCUCGAAACGCUCCAAUCGUUUCUAAUCGAAGCAGAGAACAUCAUCAAUUCGAGACCCUUGACUCAUCUACCUGUGACUCCCGAAGACCCGGAACCAUUGACCCCGAAUCAUUUUCUGCUUGGGUGCACUAAUUCAACCCAAACUCCGGCACCAUAUGAGCCCAUAUUGAUGUGUCUUCGAAAGCAGUGGCGUGUGGUGCAGAACUUAAAGAACGGCAUGUGGCAUCAAUGGCUGCAUGAAUAUCUUCCUGAGCUGACGAGAAGGACGAAAUGGUGUUUGCCAUCACAACCGUUGGACGUGGGCUGCCUUGUUUUUAUUUGUGACCCAGAUCUUCCAAGAAGCCAAUGGAAAAGAGGGCGUGUCAUCGAGCUCCAUCGCGGCAAAGAUGGUGUAGCACGUUCAGCCGAAGUGCGCACAGAUGUGGGUGUCUACCGCCGUCCUGUUUCCAAGUUGGCCAUACUAGACGUUGAAGACUCUGCUGGUGAAGGUGAAGCCUCCCCCUCUGGGCCAACUGGUGUGAGACGUUUAUUCAUCGGUUCACGAAGAAAAGAAAAGCAACAACAACCUACAUCAGGCCGAAGAUGGAAGGAAUAUAAUACACAUGUAUGGGCUGGAUCUUCCAAAUCAUCCUUGAAACUUCUGGACUCCGUUCAGAGCAGAGCGCUGGUGUUGAUUGGCGACGCUAGGGUAUUCAACACUAUUGUUUCUUUUGAGCAUCGUCGUAAUGUGGGUUAUGUGACGCUGUUCUAUCGAUACUUCCAUGGUGAGUGCUUCGCAGCAUCGGGUCAAUCGUUUACGUACAACCGGUUGUCAUGGGAUUGGAUUGUAUCUCACGUUUCUGAACUCAACUCACUGUUCCAAAUUCUUAAUCAAACUAAACCCCAUACAGGAUUCACUGAAUAA